UCUCUACUUAAAUUCAUAGUUGGGUCAUACUCCACUCCACGUUGCAACACUUCACAAUCAGAGGCGUAUUGUGACGAUGCUGUUAAAUUUACACGCGAGGAUUGAUAUAGUUGACGCUAAAUUAGAUAAUCCGAUGCAUAUUGCAGUAUCAAUGGGAUAUCGUGACAUCUUGAAGCAAUUAUUACGAGCUAACAAAGAUAGAAUGGAACUGGGUUGUUUUUCUCGUGAUACUAGUAGACCGGACGAGAAUAUAGAUAUACGUCAGAUGACUAAUGCUGAAAAUAAUAAACCAAUCGAUAUCGCCUUUGGCGAAACCCGUCAUGGAACCAUAAAUAUUAUGAAGGCAGAUUUAAAAAAAAACAUGAAGUAUCAAAAUAUUCAUAUUAUCGUCUGCAUCCUGUGCUCUAUUGGAAUUGGAAGAUAUAUACAAUCUGAGAAGAAAUAUAAUGAAUCCAGCAAACAAUGA